AUGUCGAUCCCAGACCUCAGGGAGCCAGCAAUUGCCAACAUUGCGACGCGUAUUCGAGACCAGCGGCCACUGGGCAUGUUCCGCCUCAACGACCAGGAGUUUCUGCUCGCGUACGAAGAUUGCGCAGUGUACGUCGAUAAGCACGGCGACGUCAGCCGAACGCUCAUUAUGGAGUAUUCUGGAAAGCAGAAGAAGGCGCGCGGGGCGACCAUGUACGGGCAGUACCUGCUGCUGUUCAAUGAGGACUACGUCGAGGUGCGCAACGCGGAGAAUGGGCGUCUGCGGCAAAUCAUCGCGGGACGGGAUGUCAAGUGUCUCGACUACGGCGUACGCGGGCCAACCGGAGGCACAUCAGUGAGCUCAACUAGCUGGCUACCGGGUCAGAGCCAGGCGCCAGGAGGCCAACAGCAGCUCGGCGAAGAGAGCAAGUCGACGGUCAAGAUUUCGAUGAGCCACCCGGAGAUUGCGGGCACGCAGAUUGUGCUUGAGAUGCUGCUGAAUGACGGACACACGGAGAAGUAG